AUAAAGCAAAGUGGUCAGUCUGUGCUCUACUUUCUUGCUUAGAAGUUACAAAAACAAGUGAUGAAUUCCAAAAUAGACAUAUCAGAGGUGAAUACAAUAGAUGGCGAGCAGUUUGAGUGGAUGUUUGGAAAUGUUAUAGAGCUGUGUACUGAUGCAUCAGCACAGGUUUACAAGGAUAAACCGUUUAAUGAUGUCGAAGACUUGUGCGAUAAGUUCCAUUCGUAUUUGGACGGGCUGAGCGAAAAAGGCAAAGUGGUGGUCCUGAAUCUCCACCCCGACUUGGCGGGUCGCCUCAGCUCCGCCGGACACUUGACCAAGGAGUCAGCGGGCGAACAGCUGAGCGCCGGGUUGCUGGAUCUCACGACAGAGCAGAGAGACACCAUACACUACCAUAAUGAGAAGUACAAAAUAAAGUUUGGCUUCCCUUUUAUAAUUUGCGCAAGAGAGAAUAAAGUUCAAUCAAUAAUCGAGGGUCUGCUGAAACGGUACCACAACACAAGACAGCAAGAAAUUGACACAGCCAUCAAUGAAGUGAAGAAAAUAUGCAAACUACGAAUCUUGGACAUUGUACAAUAGGAUCAUGCCUAAUUUAUUUUAACGUAAUCUACAACAAGUAACUACAAUGAUAAAGGAAGCUUGUAACUUCUAAGCUUCUAUGGGCAAGGGGCCUGACUGGCUAACAAAAGAAUAUGUUUUAGCUUUAGUCAUAUAGAAAUCUCAGCAUUAGGCCAAUUUCUGUUAUGAUGUAGUAUCCUAUAAGCAUCAACCAUACAUAAGUACUUAUACAUAUUUAAACUUGAGAUUUAAUAAAAUAUCUUCAUACUUACA